GCUGGAUCAGAAAAUGUUAUCUCAACCUCCAUGUAGAACCCCCCUCCACAUCUCACUUGGUUACCAAUUUUUGCCAACGGUGUGAGAACAACAAAAACAUCACCCUGUGGCAAGAAAAAGAGGAGGAAACUGGGUAGUCGGCUCACGUGUCCCUCCUCUGAGCCCCUCUCCCACUCCCUCACCCGCUUCCCUUCUCAGCUGCCUCCGUUUUGCAGGGAGGAAACAUGCACGUGGUCUGUCGCGUUCAGCAAGACUUGGAGAAGAUGCUGGCACACACAUGGCUGGAUUUCUUCCUGUCAGCUGCCCCCUCAGCUCUCCUCCUGCUGCUGCUCUGGGCCUCCUCCAUAUGCCGCACUCUCACUGUGCUGGGACUUUCCUGUCACUCCUGGUUGGAUAUCCCGGUCUCUCCACCUGCUUCCACAGCUUCCCAAGGAAUUCCACAUCUCCACAGCAAUCUGGGUCUUCCCCAGCAGUGCUACCCUCCCUGUCUCCCCUUCCGAUGCUCUGUAUUUCUCAGAGGAUUUGCUGAGGCUUCAUGCCCUUGGUGUUUCCAGCUCCUCCAGAAUUUCCCAGUCUCAUUAUUGUGCAUUGGUCAGGGAGGCUUGGGAAGCAAAUAGUGUUUUCUGCUUAAGGUAUGGAAUGAGGUAUCAAGAAAAGUGGCCUCUCUCCUGUUUUUGCCACAAGCCUUCAGGAAAACCUGGCUAAAAAUCCUUUAUUCUGUGUAACUUUGAAAAGGCCUACAAAUACUCUUUGCAGGACAGGAGAGCAUUUACAAGCCCAAGUGCAAACGCUGCACUUGAUAGCUUUGAAAAUCCUGAGUGAGUGAGGAAGUGUUGUGGACUAAUGAUGAACUAUCAAAAGCAAGGCAGCUGAAAUUUCAGCCAGCCAAAAUCAGCAGCCAGUUUUACCUGCAUCAUAGUUUACUCCUCCAUAAAAUGGGGAUAAAGUUGAUCUUUCUUGGAGGGUCCUGGGGAAGAAACAUUUUUUACCAUCAACAUAUUUGCACUUCAGAGGUGCCCACAUUGCCAAUCCAAAAAUCAGAAGCUUUUUGACCUUUUCACAUCACAGAGAAAAGGGUGAGGUUUUUAUUCACACCAGGCCAGGAAUGUGGCAUAGUCCCUUACAAGACCAAGUGGGUUUUACACUUUUUCUACUCACUUUACAGCUUUCUGUAUGAGGUGUUUUGCUUAGCUGUGAUUGAUCACUGCAAGUCAGAGGGCACUAUUUCUUCUGCAGCUGUGUUUCUCGUAUGAAUUUAAAAUGUGCUUUCCAUUGAUUGUGACAGCACAACACUAAUGAAUCUCGAACACAUGUGUUAAUAAAUCAGCAAGUGCUGCAAAUGAAGCCCCCAGCUCUUUAGCUUGGAAGCUCACUGCGGCAGUGACACGCACUGGAUCUUUCCACUUACCUUUCCAGUCCAGCUGAGCUUCUCUGCCACCUCUGAGUGCUUUUGCAUUCCAGAGAGGACAAAUGAGGGGCUGCCACUGAAACAAAGUGACCUCUUUCGAUCGAUAAUUUGCACAACUAACAGGUCUGUUGGGGGACCAAGAAUGGGUGAGGUCUCCAUGCCAUCUAAAGCCAUUCGUGCUGUAGUAGUCAGGCCACACAGAUUAUGAGUCUCUGCUGUCAAUUGUCCCUCCAAGGGCAGAUGAAGGAGCAUGCAUAGAACAACAUGCUUUGGUCACUAAAUGCUGGGGUACCACUGUCCCCCUCCAUUAUGGGGUGACAGCAAUAAAACAUGAAUCCUAAAAGCAACAAGGAAAGGGGAAGGAAAGAAGAUAAUCGCCUUAAAGUGUCCUCCAUGCCCUCCCUCAUGCUGCUGCUUUUCUGAUAAAGGCUAAAGCAAUUCAGCACCAGAAAGGGGAAAGGGACUUUGCCAUCAAAGAGAGUGUGGGGGAGGGAUGAAAAGUCUGUGCACACUUUCUGAUAAUUUAUUGCUGGCAUCUGUUGCAGUCUCUGCUACCCACCCUUCUGUAAUAUAGGUCACCCACAUGCCCUGCCAAUGCUCAUAAGCCAGGCUGUUAACGGAGUCUGAUCCCUCAGCCAUGAUCCAAGGGUUAGUGCAAGGGACUUGGAGAGAUAAUCACAGACAGAGGUUGCUGGACUCUGUUUGUGACAGUGUCUCAUCCUAGUGACACAGUCACCUGUGUCUCCAGCUUCAGUGGUGGUGUCUGGAGAAUGGGAUAGAUUUAUCCACCUACCUAGAGCAGAGGCACUACCAGCUCUUACCUCAGCCUUACUUCUGGGGGCCAUUAAACACAAAAUAACACCACCUACAGCUACGGUAAGAGCCAUUCACAGAGCACAUGGCAAGCUUUGGAUAGAAGGUGACACGGAAUUGGGAAGAGUUACUAAGCCAGUGUGUGGAUGCAGUAAACUGAAACCCUCCCCGCCCUCCUAGCAUGAUCCUUGGGACCUUCCCCACAAAAGCUACGGCUUUGGAGUGAUACUGCAAACAUUACCAGUGUCUGGGCACAGAGAAGCAAGCACGAGGCAGGAAUAGUGCCUGCUGUAGAUUUUAGGCCCUGGCAAGGGCUGCAGAGUCAUUACAAUCCCUUUUUUUCCCUCCUCCUGCCCCCAGCAGUAAGGUUUGCUGUUCAAUCUAAUUAGGGGAAUCCUCAUUAGAGAGUCCUCUAGAGUCUGACAGCAGGCCAAAUGUCCAAGUGGCACUUCAGCUUGGUGUAUUUUUGGCCACUGGAGCCCAUGGGCCAGAAACGGAUGAUUUCAUUUUUGUUGCUUUGAGCUGAAACUAAAAAAGUUGUCUUUUACUGUCCUAUUUGAAACAGUAAUAAGAAAAGGCCAUCACCAGCCCCACAGGCUACCCUGUUUUCUCCAGAAUCUGGAAAGACAUUCAACUCCAAGCACAUGGAAGAAAGCUCUGGACACCGUGCCCCAUGGAUCAUAGGGCGUUCAGUUGACAUGUUGUUCUAGGGAGAAGGAACCAUCUAGAAAGCCCAUGAGAAAGACUAAUGCCUGGUUUGUGGAGCCCUUGGGUGACUUCAGAGCAUUCAGAGCUUCAGCAGCGCUGACCAGCCUUGAGCCCCCAAACCCAAGCAAUGCCAGGGAAGUUCAGAAGAGAUGGCAUGGUGCCUCUCUUGUUGAGCUGGGGGCACACAGGGAGCACUCCUAGGUCUGGCAGAGUGCUUGCUGCUGGAAAAAUCCCUGACUGUCAGGCUGAAAGCAGCCAGACAGAUCUGGUGCUGCUCUGCAGAGGCUUGAGGUGUGGGCAGGUGCUACUUGCCCCAAGAUGACACGUUCCUAGUGCGGCACUGGCAGUGAGCGCAGUUGGCCUGGUGCUCCGCAGAGCAGAAGGCAUCUCUUGGGCCACAAGAAAACUGCUAAUUAAGUCAGAAUUCAAGACAAGCCAGAGGAAAUCUUUAAAAAAGAAACUCUUAAAAAUCCUCUCUGCCUCCUUGCUCUCUCCUGACUGUGGAAUAUUAAUCACUAAGGGUAUAAUGUUCUUAUGGGCAGUAGAUGCAUAGGAGAAACUGGUUUUCUUCUGGAUCCUUGGAAUUUAAAUUUCUCCAUGAACGUACUUCUUCAAGGUAUAAAUGCAGAAGCCCAUUGACCCUCACCCUUCAGCAGCCAAGAACCUCUACGUAUUCCAAAUCUACUGCUCUGCCACCUGGGCAUAUGUUAUGCUUGGAGAAGCAGGCAGCUUUGUGAAGACACGGAGGUUAAUAAAUAUGGGUUACAGAAGAGUCCCCAGCACAUGUGCAAGCCCAACUCUGUGCACACACUUGUAAAUGUAAGCUAGAUUGGUGACUCUGUGCAUUUGUACAUGAAGGUGGCUGCUUUUAAGUCUUGGAAACACGUAUAUGAGUGCACACAGGGUGGCUGCUAUCUAUGGAGUAUGGCAUAUAUGUGACAUGCUUUAAAAUAAUCUCGGGUUUAUCAAGGCCCCUCCAUCUUUGUGCAUGUUGCAGCGCAGGAGACAGCAUUAAAGCCUGAACAGGUGUUAAUCACUAUGCACUGUAAUAAAUUCUAAACAUAGGGAAAAGGCUUAUUUAUACAUGGCUGCUCCUCCCACCCUGCACUCUCUGCUUGAGCCUUGGUGCUGCUUGAGGGAAAGAGGCGCCCAUGAGGUACCAGAAAUGAGUGCAAGAGCUGGACCUGCCAGAGCAGAAGGAGCUGGGGGUAGAAACCCUGACCCUGUCCCCAUCCUCGUGCCUGGGUGUUCCAGCCUUGCCCUCGGACCCCACCGUCACCUGGGGAUGGCGUGGAUGGAUUGCACAGGGCACGGUGGGAGAGACACCAGUGCAUGGCCUGAGCGGGGGCCCGGGCUGAGGGGACACUGCAGAGGGAAACCGUGUCACAAAGCACCCGAGGAAGCUGGUUUUGGUUUGUUUUUUGUUUUUUGGGUUGUUUUUUUUUUAAUUGCUUAGCCCCCCUAAUUGGAACCAAGCCAGCUGAUACAGAUGGGGUGUUACAAAACAGAGCCAAAAGGCAAGAGCACAAGGAACAGAGCUAUCUAUAACCCUGACAAAGUUAGACGGAGUGAAGGUGGGGAAAGAGGGAAAGGCAGAGCAUGGCAGGCGGCUGCCCCUGAUGCUGAGAGCAAGGACGUGAUCAUUUGGCAACAGGAUUUGGAGCUGAUCGACUGGCGCUAUCCAGCAGGCAGAUAAGGCUCUGUGGCUGUCAGCUUAACUCUGCCGUUUAUUCCAGUGCUGUAGGGAGUUAAAUAGAGCACACGGAAAGCUUGCUGCUGGGGAGUGAAAGUCAAGGAGGGAGAGGGAAGGAAGAGGCUGUAAUUGGGCAGUGUCCGGGGAGUCGGGUGGAAGUGGCUGCAGGCAGAACCCCUCCAGUCUCCCCCGCCUCAGGUCCUUCCUUCUCCUUCUCCUCCGAGGCUCGCUUGCUCUUCAGCUCCUGCAGUUGCUGCAGUGGGAAAUCCCCAAGCUGAAGCUGUGCUGCUCUAGCCACCACAUCCAUUUUACCUUAAAACAGACAGGAAGUGCUGGAUCUGGCAGGCAGGCUACAAGGUCAUUCCUUCUCCCUUUGGGGCCGUGUGCCAGGCUGGCUGUUGGAUGUGAAGGCACACUGGAGAAGACAACGAUGCUGCCUACAAGUGCUGGCCACCGGUGGAGGAGCAGGUUCCUCAUGAGCUGGCAGGAGGCUUGUCUGCUUGGCUGCUGGCUCUCACUAUGUGCUGCUGAGUCCUUCUUUGCUUGUCCUUCCUCCUGCAAGUGUAACAGUGGCAACCUGGAAGUGGACUGUAGUGGCUUGGGCCUCUCUUCCAUUCCCUCAGACAUCCCCACAAACACCAGGACCUUCCUCUUUCUCAACAACAAACUCAGCAUCCUGCCAGGAGCAGUGUUUUCCAACCUCUCUGCUCUACAGAGGCUGGAUCUAUCCAACAACUUCUUGGACCAGCUCCCUCAGAACAUCUUCAGUGACCUGGGGAACCUCACAGAGCUCCAGCUGAGGAACAACAGCAUCCGGGCCUUGGACAAGGACCUGCUACAACAUACGGCCCUGCUGCGCCAGCUGGACCUCUCCAUCAACGGCCUGGCCCAGAUUCCUUCGGGCAUCUUUGACGACCUGCCUGCUCUCCGCUCCCUCUCUCUCAGGUCCAAUCGCCUGCAGAGCCUAGACAGGGUGACCUUCGAGCCUCUAACCAGCCUGCAGCAGCUCCAGGUUGGGGAUAACCCCUGGGAAUGCGACUGCAACCUCCGAGACUUCAAGCACUGGAUGGAGUGGUUCUCCUACCGAGGUGGGAAAAUCGACCAGCUGGCCUGCACCUUGCCCAAGGAGCUGAAAGGAAAGGACAUGCGGAUGGUGCCCAUGGAGAUGUUUAACUACUGCUCCCAGCUGGAUGACGAGAACAGCUCUACAGUGCUGGACAAUACUGGCCCACCUUGCACUAAAGGAAGCCCAACUCCUUCCAAAUCUAAAUCAGGCCCAGAAACAGAAGUGGAGCCCAGUGUGGGAUGCCCUCAGAAACAGCGGUACAGGCCUGUGAGCGUGCGCCGGGCUAUCGGAACUGUGAUCAUUGCAGGGGUGGUUUGUGGCAUCGUUUGCAUCAUGAUGGUGGUGGCAGCUGCCUAUGGUUGCAUCUAUGCCUCCCUCAUGGCCAAGUACCACCGGGAGCUGAAGAAGAGGCAGCCACUCAUGGGUGACACAGAGGGUGAACAUGAAGAACAAAAACAAAUCUCUUCUGUGGCGUGAAACUGUUCUAGGAAGGAAGGGACAGCGAUGAAAAAAGGUACCUGAGAGCAGUCAAGCAUGGGGUCCUCCCAAAAUACAUCUUCCCAGACAGACUGUGCUAUUGCUCCACUCACCCAAGUAGUACAACAUGCUUCUGGGGGGUCAGGGCACCUGGCUCAAUUUCUUUUCCUCUGCCCCAGGCCCAUUUUGUGCCCUUUCACCCUUGGGCCCUCCCAGACAAAUAAAGUAGAGUCAGACCUCGA